AUGUCUGGGUGGGAAGGAUUUUUCGCUAGAUCGGUUUCUGCGGAACCAGCUUCCGUGGACCACCCCCAAACAAAACACGACUGUGAACAUAUCGACAGAUUUUCACCACCAUCAACUGCACAUGAUUCAACUUGGAGAGCUUCAACGGUAAUCAAAGAGCGCCCCUGUCCGAUUGAACGGGUAGACUCAGACCCUUCACGCCCCUAUCCACAAUGGCUGGAUCAGGUAGCCGACAUGGAAGAUUAUAUCCUGCGUAAACCGCGUUUCGGCAUCAACGCGAGAAUCAAUGCUCGCCUUCUUGCUCGGUGCAUGAUCCAUGAUGAUUGGAAAGGUCAAGGAAUCUGGAUGGAAGGAUGGUGGCCGUUUUAUGAACACAAAUGGAUGCACGAAAAGUCAGAGGACAAGGUACCCGUGAAAGGAUACUCAUUUGUCAUGGAUUCUUGGUGGAAUUGGCCGGAGAAAUCGUAUGAACACCCAAAUGGACAACCAGACAUUCAGCAACUGGAUGAACAGAGACAAAACUACAGUUUGUUUGAGCCUUUUUAUCCGUUCAUACACCAAUUAUCAAACGAACGUGAAAGAUUCCAAACCGACCGUCCGGAUGAAGCAACCCUGGCACUUACCGCCCCAGAUAUUAAUACCACGGCUUAUGAGAACGUCAAAAAGCUAUGGAUUGAAAAAGCAAUCUGGGAGGAGCAUUGGGGUAUACUUCCUGGGAUGAGAUGGAUGCACGAAGGGUCGUCGGACACCAAAUCAGAGUCCAGAGCAACCCCUGAUACAGUGUCCAAGCCAGACACAGUCUCUGAGUUGCAGGAACCGAAGCUAGAGCUGAUUCAAUCGGACGUUGACACAAGCUUAGAAGACACUGAGCGAUCGGUUGAACAGAAAAAGAAUUACGAACCAUCUCGGCCCUUCUAUCAAUUCAUGCAUCAACAUCAAGUCUCGAAGGAGCGUGAAAGAUUUCAAAUCGACCAUCCAGAUGAAGCUACCCUGGCUCUUACCACUCCAAAUGUCAAUACCAUAGCUUACGAAAACGUCAAAAAGACCUGGGUCGAAAGAACAAUCUGGAAUGAGAAAUGGGGCAUACUUCCUGGAAUGAGAUGGAAGCACGAAGAACCGGUCGAGAUGAAGCCGACCCAGCGAGAUCCUAGGCCCAAACCCACAGAUUCUCUCCGCCAAGCUGAGAGACGCAGAGAGGAUGCCCUUCAGAGGUGGCUGGCCGACACCGAUGCCGACACCGACCUCGAUCCGGAGACACCUAAACGGAGGAACUUGAAGAGAACCAGGUCGGAGGCCUCACUUGACUCGGAUGCUUCAAGCUCCGGGACUCAAGCCGUUAGGUCAACAAGUACCUGGGAGUUGGGAAUGCAUGGGAACUGGGUGGAUGCGAGACGUCGGAGCAAGCGGCUAGCAAAAUCGAUGGUUUAG